AUGGCGAAAAGUGAAGCUGAAACAGAGAUAGAAAAAAUGAAAAUUUUAGAAGAAAGGAUCAAAGCACCUUCAAUAUGGGGUCGAGUACCAUGCGGUUUACGUUUCGAAGACCUUCAAGAUAAAAGAUAUGAAGAUGCUGUGACGUUGAUAAAGAAGCACUAUAUUCCUGAAGAGAUAACCUUCAGAUCAGUAAAACUUGCACAAAACCAAGAGGGAACUCAUGAGUUUAUUCAUAAUGUUCGUAUAUGGAUGAAAGACAAAAUGUCAAUAGCAGCAGUCAAAGAAGGGACAGACCAACUGGUUGGAGUUCUUAUUAUGAGAAUACAAGAAAAAAGCGCAUUUUCUCGCACAUUUAGCCGUGUCAAGAUUACAUACAAUCCUCUAUAUACAACUGUCACUACAUUCUACAAUGAAAUUGAAAAACCAGUCAACCUUUUUGAUGAGUUGGGUGUACGUCGAUAUUUAAAAAUAUAUCUUCUAGCCUUUAAAUCCAGGUAUCGUCAUAGAGGUCUUGCAAAUGAAAUGUUAAAAGCUGCAACAGCUCUUGCUUCAAGUGCAAAUGUGCCAGCUAUCGCCGGUAUAUUUACAACUUCACGUGGUCAAGCUAUAGCCGAAAAAUUGGGCUUUAUUAAAUACAAUGAGAUUUAUUAUAUUAGAUAUCUAAUUGAGGAUAAGAUCGUAUUUUGUGAUACUGGUUUGGGAAAUUAUGGAGCUGCGUUAAUGGCUUAUCGUAUUCCUGACAUUGAAGAACCUCCAGAGUUACAAGCACAACGCUCUUCAAGGUUAAAUAUAUCACCGAUUGAUAAUGAAGAAGAACAUGAUGAGAAAAUUGUGUGA